GGUACAGAAACAUGGCACCAGAAGGCAACAAAACGGAGGUCAUGAUUUCCUGUCAACCAUAUGUUUCCUGUGUUUUACUGAGAAUAUUCCCUUACUUGAUAGGUGUUGUCAUCAUAUGUGGAAACCUCCUCAUAAUCAUGUCUGUCAUUUAUUUCAAACAGCUUCACACUCCUACUAACUAUCUCAUUCUCUCUCUGGCUGUGUCGGAUUUACUUAUUGGUCUUGUAAUCCUUCCUCUCAGCACUGAAUUCGACAUGAAUUACUGUCUGACCCAUGGAGGUUUGGUGUGUUUAGUGCAACAAUGCUUUAAAGUAACACUGGCCACAGCUUCUAUUCUGAAUUUAAUGUGUAUUUCUAUUGACAGAUACUACGCAGUGUGUAAACCUCUGGUAUAUAAAAUUACAAUCACUUUUAAUGUCGUUGUGUUCAUGAUCUUGUUGAGUUGGAGUUCUUCAUUUCUACUGUCCAUUGGUUUUGUGGUUGCAGAAAUAAACUAUGCAAAAUGUGGAGAAAAAUGUUACAUUGAUGUUUUUAUUGCGAAUGUUUCAGGGCCCAUCUUUACCUUUUACCUUCCUAUGAUCAUAAUGCUGUGUAUAUAUGCAAAGAUCUUCUUUGUAGCGCAGAAACAGGCACGCAGCAUCCAAAACAGAACCUAUCCCAACAGGACUGUCAGAAAGACGGAGGGAAAAGCCACCAAAACUCUGGUUAUAAUUAUGGGUGCCUUUCUAAUCUGUUGUAGUCCUGCCUUUAUAUUUUGGAUGAUUUUGUUUAUUAACAAGGUGUCAUUGUCAGUUGAAGUAAUCGACUUUCUUUCUUGGUUGAUCAUGUCAAAUUCUCUGCUCAACCCUUUCAUUUAUGCUUUCUUUUACAGCUGGUACAGGUCUGCUUUUAAAAUAGUUAUAUCUGGAAAAAUAUCUAUAGGUCAUUUUUCACACAUCAGACUUGAAUAA